CUCUCUCUUUCUUUCCCCCCCUCUCUCUCUCUCUCUCUCUCUCUCUCUCUCUGUACAUUUCCAUUUUUCCGAUAGAAGGUUAUCUUUUAUUUACGUCUAUUCAGAAUUUUGAUAAGAACAAAUUGAUUUUUUAAUCAUGAUUCGUAUAUCUGUGCUCGACAACUAGACAUUGUUUUAUAAUUAUUUUAAAUGUCAAUGAACAAGAAUAGUUGUAUAUAAAUAUAUAAAUAUAUAAAAAAGCGUAGUGAGAAUUGCGAAUUGAGAAGAAAGGAAAAAAGAAAAGAUUUUUAAGUACCUGACGGCCAUACAAGACUCCAUUCAUAUAUUAUGAAUGUGUUAUAUACUAGAGUAAAAAAAAGUAUAUCUAAUAUUACGUUAGCGGAAAUAUUAAUAUGACUCAUUGUCAGUUAUUGCUAAUUUUACAUGACGAGUUGAAUAUAUAUCUAUAGCGAAUAUUGUAUUUUUCACAUUCGAUCAGAUUUAGUAUCAGAUUUAGUUUCGCUAAACCAUUCAUUGCUCGUGAAUAAUCGCCAAAUUAUCGUAAGAAAGAAAAUUUUUUUCAUGCUUGUACUUUUCCAAAUACAGAUGGAAUAUUUUUGGGAAAAACAUUAUUUUAUUUUACAUUGUAUAAGUUUGAUAAAAGUUUCUAUAUUAGAAUUUUUAUAAAGUGUAGAUGUUAAGCUCUUAGUUUAGCAUUGAUAAAUGGGGAAUAAAUCACGUUAACUAAAUACACAUUUUUAUUUUCUACUAAGAGCAUCUUUCUGUUUGCGUAUAAUAUUGUGCCAAAAUUCAAUUAAAUAGUAUACUAUACUCACGCGUCUUAGAAUUUCCAACGAGCUGUCAAAAUUUUUUUGAAAGAAAAAAGAAAUGAAUAUUAUUUUAAUCGUGCAUAUUGCGCAAAUAUUUUAGUUACUUUAGUUAAAGUUACGGAGUGUUUUUUCUGAAAUAUAGCAUGUUGAGCAAUAGCCUUAUUUCGUUACUUAGAUUUUGGAACGAUAUUACAUGUAAUUUAAUGAAUGAUAUUACAUCUAAUAAAAUCAGGUUUUACAAUUAUGGUACUUAUUGUGUAACAGUAAAAAAUUAUAUGAUAUGUUUAUAUCGUAGAAUAAUUUGUCUGCGUCUAUAAAAAAAAAUAUACAAAACAAUGUAAUUUGUACUUCCUUACACACACACACGCACACACACACACACACACACACACACAUCAAUUGUAUAUUUAAAAUUAAUAUAUGUAUAGUAAUAGGGGCAAUACUUGUAUGUACUUGUACGUAUAUAGCGUAUGUAAUGUGUAUGUGUACAUAUACAAACGUGCAUACAUAUAUGUCCAAAUAAUAUAUAUGUAUGUAGGUAUGUAUAUAGAAUAUAUAGUAUUAACAAUGUAAAAUGUUAUUACUAAAGUUUUGAUGUAACGAGGAUAUUAUAAUUUGCGAUGUAUACAUAUACCGUGAUAUCGCAAGGAGCAAAGUACAAAAUGAUUAUCUGCAGUUAUGUUACAAGUUGUUCGUUGUCUAUUAUUUUUGUUAUUAGGAAUUUCGUGGACCAAAGUAUCGUGGAGUAACAUAUAUAGCAUCUCAUUGAUAUAUACUUCCUGAUAUGAAUGUAAUACCUACUUAUUGUUAGUGAAAAAUAAACCGUUAUAUAUUGGCCAAAAAUUACUUAUUUGGUAAAAUUGGUCUACUAUGCGCGCACGCGUAUUAUAACCAUUACAGCAGUGACUGCGUUCCGUUAAUCAUUGCGAGUACUGAAAACUAUAGUUUACGUUAGUUUACGUAUACUAUAGAUUUUUAGUACUCGCGAUGAAUAACGGAAUGCAGUCAGUAUAGGCUACUAUAGGCUUCUAUUAUCAAAAGAGUUUCCAUGGUGACAACAGCAAACAAAGCGAAAAUCGAACGAGUCGACAAUGGAUAAGUAUUUCUGACCGGUCGUUAUCACGGUCUUCAACAAUUAAUUGAGCAAUCUGGAAUCUGUGCAACGCAGUCAUGAAAAUUAAUAUGCGUACAUUUUUCGAACGUGAAAAAAAAUUGCAAUUAACAUUUUUUUCGAUAAAGUAAUAAAGUUUAUAUGUGUGAUUCAUUUGGCGAACCAUUAUUAUCAUAUUAUCAUAAAAGUGUUUGCGUUCUAACGUACGACGACGAUAUUAUUAGCGACGAAACAAAAAAAUAAAAUAUGGAUAAUGUAACAUAUAAUAAGGCGGAAAAUAAAACUGCAUUCUUGGCUACCAACGCGCUUAAAACACCAUCGUGGUUGCUGGAGAUGACCGACAAUAUAGAAAAAAUUAAUAUAAAUAACGAUGCCAAAUCGCUGCAAAUGGAAACAUUUUUAACAAUCGAUGAGCAGCAUGAUUUUAAGAAUAUUACCAUCAAGGAAAGUGACGAUAAAAACAAUCAACCUAGCAGCUAUCAAUCAAGCUUAAGCGAUCUUUAUUUCGAUAGUAAUAUUAAAUUACAAACAUCUACGAGCAAAUCACUGCCAAAUACACCAAAGAAUGAACAAGUACAAGUUAAACGGAGAAAAAUGCGCGCUUGUUCUGCUGUUGUAAAUGCAAAGCAUCGUACAAAGGAUGAUUUUCAUGGAUUGGAUGCAUACUUGGAAAGAAAGCAGAUGGAAAAGCAGGGCACGUACUUGACAUCCGAAAAUUAUAGCAACGAUAAGACUCCCUAUGAGGAAUCUUAUUUUGAAUAUCGAAUAUCAAAUAUCUCGAAUCAUGCAGAUUUGCGAUUGCAUUUCCCAGAUGACAAUUAUCUCGACAGUUCUGCAUUUAGUGCUGCACAGAACGAAGGAAAGCCGAAAUUAUCUGAUAAAAUUUACAGAAAUUUUAUUAUUCCUGAACUUCCAUCCGGAGAUUCGUUGGUCAUUGAUAUUCUCUCUACUUGGGGCGACAAACAUUACGUAGGCCUCAAUGGUAUUGAAAUUUUUUCAAAUACCGGAGAACCAGCCAGAAUAAAAGAGAUACGUGCACAUACGACAAUUAAUCAACCAUUGAACAAUGAUCGUAAUCCUUAUAUUAUAAACAAUUUAAUUAACGGCAUUAAUCGAACGAGAGACGAUGCAAAUUUAUGGCUAACACCUUAUUCAAAUGGUGACCAUCAUUAUGUUUACAUGAUAUUUGAAUUUACAAUUACAAUAGCAAUGAUCAGAAUAUGGAACUAUAAUAAAUCCAGAAUACAUUCCUUUCGAGGAGCUAAAGACGUUAUUAUUAAAUUGAAUGAUAUUAUCAUUUUUUACGGAGAAAUUGCUAAAGCUUCAGGGGAUGACAUCGGUAGCCUCGAUUCUUUUGGAGAUACUAUAUUAUUUACGACGGACGAAAAUAUUCUGGAAUUGAUAUCAAAACAUGAUAAUACAUUCAUAGAACUCAAUAAUGGGAUGUCAGAUUAUGAAGAGAAAGAAAUAAUUCGUCCGAUAACAGCAACGACGAUUAAUGACAUUAUUUCAGCGAGACGUAAUGAUAAUAGUAAUGAUUCCAUUGAGAAUCUUUCUCCUAACGCAUAUAUCAAUAGCAGAAUUUACGAUCCCCUUACCGCCGCUAUAUCUUGCAGAGAGAUUCAAUUAAUUAUCAUUUCUAAUUGGGGUUUACAACAUUUGGUUGGCCUUACCGGUAUAGAAUUAAUUGGGGAUCAAGGUAUAGCGAUUCCGUUAGUAAACGCCAACUUGCAUUGUAACGUGGUUGAUGCGCGAGAUUUAACGAGACUGAUCGAUGGACACAAUGUUACAACCGAAAUGGAUUACAUGUGGCUAACGGAUCAAACGUUAAAUAAGAGCAUUACGAUUACUGUUACUUUCGAUACGGAUGUAUACCUAACAGGAAUGCGGAUUUGGAAUUACAAUGCAUCCCUGGAGUUGUCUUAUUGUGGAGUAAGAAUGCGUUCGAAAGAAAACAUUGCAAUGAUCGCGCAACGAUUAAUUAAACGAGAGAUUCUACUUGCACAGGUAAAAGAGUUGUUAAUUAAAUUAGACGGUAAACAGCUACAUGACGAGAAUUCUGAUGGCUUCCUGUUAAGACGCGCGCCAGGAUCUUGCCAUUAUGAUUUUGUCCAAGAAAUUAGUUUUCUUCAUCCACCUACUCGAGAACACUUUACGGAUCGUAUCACCAAUCCAAUUAAAUCGCCUGAAGAACUUGAGUCUUUGGAUUCCAAUUACGAAGCUCCGUCGAUGCCACGAGGAUUUGUUUAUCAAAUAAUAAUUUUCUCUACGUGGGGUGACUCCUACUAUGUUGGCCUCAAUGGGAUACAAAUAUAUGACAAUUAUGGAAACGAAAUCAAAUUAACCACAGAUAAUGUAGCCGCAUUUCCCGAAAGCGUUAACAUAAUAGAAGGAAUAGAUAACGACAUUCGUACACCGGACAAACUUAUCGAUGGGAUAAAUGAUACUCGAGACGGACGGCAUGCCUGGCUAGCUCCUAUACUUCCUGGACAAACAAAUCGUGUGUAUUUAAUAUUUUAUCAUCCUAUUAUGGUAUCUAUGAUCAAAAUCUGGAAUUAUGGGAAAACCUCACAAAGGAGAGUUAAAGAAUUUGCCAUACUAGUAGACGACUUGCUAGUUUACAAUGGAACGCUAGAUAAACAUAAUUUGUACGGAUUAGUAACGUUUGUAAAGGAAAGCAGCAAUGAGAAUCUGGUGAAUCGCUCGGAGCAAGAAGGUUGUCUUUUAAACUUGCAAAGAAAUACCUCAGGUACUAAUUCAUUACCAGAUCCAUCCCUUCGGCCACAUACAUCUUUACAAUUCAAAUAAUCGUAACGCUACAGAUAUAUUUAACAUAUAUAAAAAUUGUAUACCUAUAUAUUUUUAUACUUGCGGACUACUGAUUGUGAGACUACUUUGAAACUUUUUCCACGUUUAUAUUAGGAAAAUCCCGUUUAAACAUCUAAUUAACGACUACAAUAGCAUACAUAUAUAUAACAAUGUAUAAUAAUAUCCAUAUAUUGUCGUACGUUUUUGUAAUAACCAUCCCAUAUGAAUGUCAGAUAUACAAAUGUUGUUUAUCUUAUAAAAACAAUAAAAAAGAAUUAUAAAGAGA